AUGGGUCCCACUCAGAGGGAUCAGCUACUCGAUCCAUUCUUUUAUGAGGCCUUUAUUUCUAUGAAAGAGAAGAUAGCUAGCAAGGACAAGGAGAUCACCGCUUUGAAGGAAUCCGUCAAAGCCCUUGAAAGUGGCAAAGAUUGCUCCUCCUGCGACGUCACAAGAAUGCUGCCCGUGAAGAAAUUGCUGGGAUAUGUUGACCAAGAGAUGCAACGAAAAGUUAGGGACCUGGAGAAUCGACUUGCUCUAGCACAUGCAGCUCUUCGCGCCAUCAGAAAAGAAAAGAAAGAUCAUGCUCAUGAAAUUGCCGAGAGGGAUGCCAAAAUAGCAGAACUAGAGAAGGAGCUGUUCAACCUUCGCAAUGAAAUGGCCGAAGAGGCUAUUUCGGAGCAUACUGAAUUGGAACCAGAGGAAGAGGUCAAGGCUGAUGCCGAGACGGACGCUGAGGCUGACCAGGUGGAACAGAAGCCUGUAGUCGAGGACGAAGACGACGAUGUGGUUGUGCUGGACGAUGUAGGUGCUUGA